CAGCGUUGCCAGCGUUGCAGCGGGACGGGCUGUGCGUGCAUGUGUAUUUUACCGCGGGCUGGCAGUGCGUCGUUCGUGGGCAGCGCGGCUUUCGCGGGCUGGCGGGCCGUUCUUUACCUCCCUCUAUUGCACCCAGCGGCGGCGCCUCGGCUUCAGCCGCGCCUGGCCCCAUCUGUCGGCCUCGUGGGUGCACGGCGUUCUGAUCUCCGUUGUUUACGCGGGCGGCUCGCUUCGGCCCGCUGGGUAAAAGAGGUUAUUCGUCCUCUGCGUGAUGCUACGCGGGCUGGCUUGACCUCGUCACGCUGCAGGUGGCCCCUUCCUGUCCUUGGUUCCAAGCGUUGGGCGAGUUGGGUUUCUCUCCAGGUCUCUCUAGGAGUUACAGCGCCUGUUUCGGUCCGGGUGCGUGGUCUCCUUCUGCUCGUCUCUCCCUCUGUGCCUCCCGUCUCAUCCCACUUCCCCCGCCCGCGUCUCCUCGCCUCGCCCUCAUCCGCUCGCCCGCCAUUGUCGCUCCUCGUCGCUCGCCGUUCUCGGUCCUCGCCUGCCCGUCUCACCCUCCUCCGCUUGUUUCCGUCAUGGCUCCUCGCACUGCUGCUGUUGCGUUUGGCUAGGGGCUGCUGCGUCUGGUUUGCUCUCUGCUUGUGCGUCUAUUUAAUCCUCCUCUGUGAGGUCCUCCUUUCCGACGUCUGCCUGCCCGAUCAACUGAUCUCCUCGCUCCUGGUUCGUGGAAGGCCUGCUGCAGUUUGGUUCACCUCACGCCCCGCGCCUUGUCUUUCAUCUUGCCAAGGUUGUGGUAGCCACUAUCUGUGUGAGGUCGAUGGGAAAGGCAAUGUCCUUGCUGGGGUAGAGAUUCAGCUUCCUGGGGAUGGUGUUCUGCAUUAUGCUGUCCUUUCUCCCGUGGCCGUAGUUCCUUUGCUUGCGGUAUGCCUCCGCACCGACCUGUUAUUCCCUUUGUUUGGAAGAGGAAGCGUUUGUCAUCGUAUAGGCUCACUACUUCCAAAUGAGGGUGAUUCCCCCAAAUAUGCAGAGUUAUACAUACAUGACAGAGAAAAUGAGGUUAACAACAGAAUUCAGGCCCUAAACCACCACAAUGAAACCAGCACUGGGUUAGACAAGGAGAUUGUUAAGGGUCUUAUCCAGAUGCUUGAUGCAAACAAUUCUUUGGUGAAGAAAUUCCGUAUGGCUAGCGACAUACUAAAAAAUAAUAAACAUGAGGUAAUUUCAAUAAGGCUUAUAGCUCCUGGUGAAAAUGAUGGCGCUCAAUUUAAUUUGCCUGCAACAGAUGAAUUGGCGGCUUUAGUUUAUGGUGAGUUCACGUUGGAAGCGCCGUGUAGAGACCUGAUUAUACGCAGUAAAGCAGAUCGGCUUCAUCGUAUUUCCUCUUUAGAUACUACCUACAUGUCUUUGCAAUACCCUCUGCUGUUCCCAUAUGGUGAACGUGGCUUUUAG